AUGAUCGUCAGAGGUAGCGGGCCAUCCACCUCGGGCGCAGUUAACGCCGGGUACAUUCUAGGCAAGUGGGAUAGUCUCCAUAGCGAUAUGGGCCUCCGAGGAGAUGCAGCAGUCAGUGAGGAGCAGUUUGAUCAAAGGGACCCUGAGAGAGAAGGUGUCAGUGUGGACCCAGGAGUUUGGAUGGGAAAGGCCAUUGCAAUGUGGUCUGGCGUGGUCAUAAAGACUUACGAGCGGCCACAUCUGGCCGGCCGUUCCGCCGGACCUUGUGCUCCUCCAACCUCAAAAAUCCCACUCGAUACACCUAUUCACCUUGGCUUUGCGCCCGCUCGCACUCUGCUCGCGAUGCCGGCCAUCACUUCCUCACGAACUGUGCAAAAGGCAGAAGCAAAACACAAUGUUACCACAGAAUACCCAAACUAUGGCCUUCAUUCUGCUGCCGCCACGGGAAACCUCGGCCUCGUGUCGUUUGCGCUCACAAACGGUCAACCGACAAAUGCGGUCCUUGAUGGUGUACUUCCCAUCCAUGCGGCCGCCAGUGGCGGGAAUACGCGUGUAGUACGCAUGCUUAUCGAUGCUGGUGCAGAUCUCAAUAUCGGUCGAUUAUCGCGAAAACUUGGUGCCAGUGGAGGCAAAGGCCGUACGGGCGCCAGUGGGAGCGCGAUGAACAUCUAUACUGCGGUAGGCGGCUCCCAUAUCGGAACCGGCGGCAGCACUGCGCUUCAUUUCGCAGCCGCGAAUGGUCAUAUCGACGUAUUGACACUCUUAUUGAGAUGUGGAGCCGAUUUGAGCAAGGUUGACAAGCACGGCGUCACUCCAUUGAUGCUUGCGGAGAGAUUAGGUCGGACCGAGGCAGCCGCCACUCUACGCACAUGGGCAAAAGAGAACCCCAAACCAAAUUCGAAUUCUACACCGAAUGGCACAAACCACAGUCUCCAUGCCAAACGUUCUCUCGAAACACUUCUGCGCGGUCCAUGGGCUGGCAGUCGAGUCGACCUCGGCCGUUUCGACCAAAACGCUAGCAAGGUCGAUCUGAGUAUCAGUGGCGAGAGCCGAGGAGAACUGGGAUCAGGAAGUAGUGGUGUCGACUUGGGCUCCGGUUCUAGUCGAACAGAGCUCGGUGAGCUCGGCUUUUACCCGCCUCUGGGCGGGUCCUCUCUAAAUGAUUCGCGCCGACCGAGUCUCCCGACUUCUGCAGGGUUGUUAUUUGGUCCGAAGCCAUCCAGACCCAGGAGCAAUAGGACUUCGUGGAGCGGUGGAAAGAUGCGUCGGUUUAUUUCGCGUAUAAAACGGGACGGCGCAACCAGUUGGGACGCUGGCGAACGCACGCCACAGAUUGAUUGGGCCGAUGAGGUGGAGUUCAGGCGGGGCGAGAGGGUGGCGGUGGAGAUGGGUUUGAAAGCCCCAAGUGCCGCCCUCCUGAUGAAGAGGGCUUCCAGUCAGAACGAAGCGGUGAGGCCACGUCGCAAGGCGAGCGAAUUCCACCCUGAGCCCGAGUACGAUUUUCUCGAGGAUGAGCCUAUGGAGAGUCGGCCCGUCAUCCAAGACGACGAUGACAUGGAUGAUGAUCUAGAUAUGGAUACGGUUCCAACUAAACGAGUACUACACCCUCGAUCCUACUCAAGUUCGAGUGCCGGAUUCAGUCAUGUUGGGAGGAAUAGGUUAACUAGCCCCUCAAUGCCUAUCUUACCGCUUCCUAACGAGUCGUCGUUGAUGCUAUCCGCCGCGACUUCGACGACAUCGAUUCCGCCUGCCACAUCGCCUCGACGAUCCCGCGCACCCUCACCAGGCCAGUCACAUAUGCGUUCGCUUUCCGGAGGGAUGACUUCUCGCCGGGGACUACGUGGUUCGAGCAGCUUUAGCUCAUUCUUGCCGAGGCAGCCAGAGGAAGUUAUGCCGAGCAGCGGGGAUAGCACAGUUGACGGGACGGCGCCUGUAGCAAAUGAUCCGAGUUUCCAGCCCCAGGGCCACUCAGAACCGCAGCCACCGACGGACGCAAAAGGUACUACAUCGAUGCUCGAGUCCCCCGACGGUCGGUUCCGCGGAGACUCGCUCUCUUCUACCGAUUCGGAAAACACAAAUCAACUUUCCUCAUCUAUGGCAACAACUGACACCGGGAUCACCACACCGUCACUGUAUGCGGCCACUUCACCACUUCCACCUCACAAGGGUGCGAUGACCUUUUCGCCCGUGUUCGAAACCGAGGAUCUGGACGAGAUUGAUGAGCGCAGUGAGAACUUGGGCGAGACGAGGCGGCACUCGGUCACUCCCGUCAACCUGCGGUCGAUCAGCACAUUCGAACAAGCGCAAGAUUUGGUGCGCCAAGUCGAGAGGGAAAUUCUCGAACCCGGCUCCCUAGGUCCAGAUUCCCCUUCGCUGGCCGAGCAGCUGGCGGCAUAUGGCGAAAGCUUGGCGAUUGAACGCCGGUUCGCGCGAGGCGAAGCUCAGAAACGUGCUUGGUUGGCUGAACGGAGGAGCCACGAUGAGGACGCGGACGAAGAUGAGGACGAAGAGGGCGGCUGGGCCUCGUAUGUACGCGAGCCCAUCCCGAAGAUUGGUGCACCGUUGGGCAGGGCUUCGAGCGUGGAUCAUCGUUCCGGCAAAUACAGGUCGAUGCCUCCACCUAGCCGGACACACUCAAUGCCAGCCCGCCAGAUUCCCAUGACUCCCCUCUCCAGUGCGUUAAUGGCGCCCUUUAGUCCGACCUCGCAGUCUCGUACUCCGGAGCGUGUAAGUUUCACCGGAGCGUUGCCCGGGUCUCAGUCUCGUCAAAACUCGGGAGUUCUGGCUCGUGCGGCCAUGAUGCCCCGUAGGACCGCCUCGAGCCACGGUUCGUACGUAAGCCGGUCGGGAUCGAUUGAAAUCAUCGAGACGGCACCCACCCCCAUUGAAUUUCCUCACCGCGCGCUCGAACUUCACCGCCGUUCGGCCAGCACCGGUGUCUCAGGAUUCCCUUGGACAUCCUACACACCUUAUAGCAUGGCAAUUGUCAAUCAAUCCCCAGAACACUCAGACGAUGCCGACAGCCACUAUGAGCUCAACUCGCGCACCGCCCCGCUCUCACGCAUCACCACUGCCCCCUCCAAAAUCGGGAAUGCGAUCGGGAAUGCGUUUUCGCGCGAUCCAGAUUACGAGCCCGUGCGCCGCAAAAAAUUGAAGCGAUUCGUAAAACAGCUUGUCAACCCUGAGCGCUCUGGUACAGAGAAAGAGAUCACCCUCAUAUGA